CUAGUACCUACCUGCAUUCUCUACGUGCUACUACACGUGUUGUUAAUGGUGAUGGGCGACAGGCCAUGCAAUGCCUGACCGCAUUCCGGAACUCACGCAUCCAUUUUUCUGUCCAUGAUGGAUCUCUUUCGUGUCCGGCUGAAUUGUAUCGACCACUACCAGUCGACUCCUUCCAAGUUUGAUCCCCUCCUCCGAGGGGACAUCAGGUCUUCUCAGAUAUCUAAGGAGCCAAAGGUCCCUGUGAUUAGAGUUUUUGGAGCCACAGAAACGGGCCAGAAGGUCUGCGCUCAUAUUCACGGUGCAUUUCCGUACCUCUAUGUAGAGUACAAUGGGAGUCUCGUGGAAGAUGAAGUUGGUGCCUACAUACACCGUCUUCAUCUCUCCGUUGAUUAUGCACUCGCUGUCAGCUAUCGGCGUAAUAUGUAUGAUGGGAAUGCAAAGUUCGUCGCACGCAUCACUCUUGUGAAGGGUAUACCAUUCUACGGGUUCCAUGUGGGGUACCACUUCUACCUGAAGAUAUACAUGCUCAAUCCGAUGUAUAUGACAAGACUUGCGGAUCUCCUUCGACAGGGUGUCAUUAUGAGAAAGGUGUUCCAACCAUACGAAGCUCAUCUGCAAUACAUACUACAAUGGAUGACGGACUACAACUUAUAUGGCUGUGGGUAUAUCGACUGCUCAAAGGUCACAUUUCGAGGACCAGUGCCGGGCUACGACGAAAUGGACAACUCAUCUCAUCUCUGGCAUGACCGCUCAAUUCCUGACGAGCUGAUCACCGACGACUCCAUCCUAUCGAGGGUUAGCCAUUGUUCUCUGGAAGUGGACAUCUGUGUUCAGGAUAUCCUAAACCGGCAAGACAUCACAUCGCGACCUCUGCAUCAUGAUUUUAUUGAACGCCUCAAUCCCAUUGCGCCAGAUGAAAAACUAGUCCAUAGUAUGGCUGGGUUGUGGAAAGAUGAAACUCGACGACGCAAAUCUCGAAUGACAAAUCCAGCUCCUGGGUCCAGCCCCUUUCCCGCAGAUGUUAUGAUAUCAAUGUCAGCAGAUCCCAGACAUUCUCAGCCAGGUGGAUGGAUUCAUGAAGAAGAAUACCAGGGAAAGAUCAGCUCUCUAAUUUCUGAGGAGAAAAACAGGAGCGACGGUGCUAAAAUCUCUUUUGAGUCAUUUGUGAGGACCACGCCAUUCGAGUCAGCUGUCAAGACGAGUCUGGAAGCAGUCGAAGACUUGUACCCAGAGAACCUUCGGCCUAUUCUGGAUUUGACCCAGAGUACGGUCACAGAUUGUGUCGGUCAUGAUGUGGAUGAUGUGGGAAUACGAGAGGUCGACGAGGGCAGAAUUAUCGGCCUCGAUGACGCCGAGGAUGACUUUCCUUAUGAUUCCGAUGAAGAUGUGAUGCGACAGCUGGAUCUAUCUCAAAGAAAGAAUGGUGACCUUCUAGAAGAGGAAUUUGUCGAUCCAGGCGAUGCUCAGCCUUGCCAUGACAUGGACGAUAAGAUCCCCCCCAACGGUGACCUCGGCGGCGAUUGUCUUGAUGCCGUUGAUGUAGAAUUUCGGGACGUCUCUCCAAGCUCCCCUGAGUCUUCCCAGACAGGUGUAGAUUCGGCGACCAUUGCAGCAUCCUUACAGAGUGGGGACAGAUAUCCGUCCGAGGAAAGUUCCGCGCAUCUGGUCAUGAAAAGGUUGAAACGUGUGAAGUCUUCUCAGAAUGGACUGGAUGGCGAUAGAGGCGUCCAAAAGAGACGCUUAGUAUCACACGGCCAGUCUUUUGCGCUAAAUGACGCUCGCAUUUUCAAUUCUACAAUUACUGAAUCCAGUAAUGGCGGCGUGGUCAACUGUCCAGAACUAACCAAUGGUGACAAUAGUCUCCCUCUGGGCAAGCAGGCCGAUAGCUCGGUUAGAAGAAUUCAUGGGGUAGUGACCGGUCCAAGAAACUCGCAAGAAUCUCGAAAAGCGGCCCAGGGCUCCCCGACACAGUUUCUAGGAUUUCCUGUUGCCAAAGACCCUCGUGAUCCCAACACAGUCCUGAGGUUGAGUCAAAAGAACAGUCCAUUGAUAGAACAUCCAAGACAUGCAUCUUUUAGCCUAUUUAUGGUACCAUCUCUCUCGGACCAAGGAUCAAGAAGCUCGUUACAACAACCCAGUACAAGUCAACCUUCCUCAAAGAUUCCAACUGUCUUAAUGACCAUGGAAAGCCAAUUUGGGAAGUCAAGGAGCCGGCGAAUCCUCGCACUCAGUAUACUACCACCUUCUAAACAGUAUGUGGCUUCGAACAUACAAUUGUUCGGCAUGCUUCCAAUGAUAUAUCAGGAUGCCUAUUACAGCGACGAGCUUGAUACUCCUGAUCGUGCCAGAGAAUGGGCUGGGAGGGAAUUCAGAUUGGAAAGCUUGACUGUUCCGUUUCUACCCGACUUCGACUCUGUUUAUUACACUUCGGAUGCAGUUAUUGGAGAAAGAAAUAGUGUCCCACCUGAUCGGACCAAACAGGCGAGGCAAUAUCAUAUCCAGCGACAGAAUUGUGGGCUGCGCAGUUGGGUCAUAGCUGAUCCGCCGCCAACUUAUUCUGAUGUCGCUGGAUGGGGGCGAAAGGAUCGCUUAAAAAGGAAGACCUAUGAAUAUAGUUGCAGGGGAGAGCAUCCGAAAGCGACACGCAGCAGGACCAAGUUGUCCCAGAUUGACGGUCCUACUCAGAAGAACAAGCACGGAUUCAAGUAUACACAAGAUCAGAAAUCCACUAGUGUCCAACACGAAGCACAGUACAUGAGCACGAUGAGUUUGGAGGUCCAUAUCAACACAAGAGGAAGUUUGCUCCCGAAUCCGGAAGAGGAUGAAGUCCAGUGUCUUUUCUGGUGCUUACAAUCCGACGAACAUGGCCUCCAAGUCAACCAAUCAACAGACAGGGCACAUAUUGGGGCUGUUGUUCUCUCAGUCGAUGGGGAAAUCACUCAAAGGAUCGCCAGACAAGUCUCCUUCGACGUCCAAGAAGAAACUUCAGAGCUCGAUCUUAUGAUCCGCAUGGUCGAGAUUGUACGUAGUCAUGAUCCAGACAUUCUCACAGGCUACGAGGUACAUGGUGGCUCUUGGGGAUACCUCAUUGAGCGAGCACGCCUGAAGUACGACUACACCCUAUGCGACGAGUUCUCACGCAUGAAAGCCCAGUCGCAUGGAAGAUUUGGAAAAGACAACGACAAAUGGGGUUUCAACAACACUUCAACAAUUCGAGUUACUGGUAGACAUAUGAUCAACAUUUGGCGAGCGAUGCGAAGCGAACUUAAUCUUCUACAAUACACCAUUGAAAACGUUGCGUUCCAUCUGCUACACCGACGCAUACCGCACUUCACUUGGGCUGACUUGACCCAAUGGUACAUCAACGGCAAGCCUAGGGAUCUAGCAAAGGUGAUCAGCCACUACGUAACAAAGGUCCGGCUGGACCUGGAAUUGCUUGAGCAAAAUGAGCUCAUUCCGAGAACCAGCGAACAGGCUCGCUUGUUGGGAGUUGAUUUUUUCUCGGUGUUCUCUCGUGGGUCUCAAUUCAAAGUCGAGUCGCUUAUGUUUCGCAUCGCGAAACCAGAGAAUUUCCUUCUUGUGUCGCCAAGCAGGAAGCAAGUAGGCGGUCAGAAUGCCCUGGAAUGCUUGCCUCUGGUUAUGGAGCCACAAAGUGCAUUUUAUACAAGCCCCUUGUUGGUCUUAGAUUUCCAAAGCCUAUAUCCAAGCGUCAUGAUUGCAUACAACUAUUGUUAUUCUACCUUCCUGGGUCGAAUUGUUAAUUGGCGGGGUACGAACAAAAUGGGAUUUACCGAGUACAAGAGGCAGCAGCGAUUACUUGAGUUGCUAAAGAAUCACAUCAACAUCGCUCCAAAUGGAAUGAUGUAUGCAAAGCCGGAAAUCCGGAAGUCCCUUCUGGCUAAGAUGCUGGGAGAGAUACUGGAGACUCGAGUCAUGGUAAAGAGUGGAAUGAAGGUGGAUGAGGAUGACAGAGCACUUCAACGCUUACUCAAUAAUAGACAAUUGGCACUCAAGCUGAUCGCAAACGUCACCUACGGGUAUACUUCGGCCUCCUUCUCGGGACGAAUGCCCUGCUCCGAGAUCGCGGAUAGCAUCGUUCAAACAGGUCGAGAGACUCUCGAAAAAGCAAUAGCCCUUAUACAUUCCGUUAAGCGAUGGGGCGCAGAGGUUGUUUACGGAGAUACGGAUAGCUUGUUUGUCUAUCUUAAAGGCCGGACCAAGGACCAAGCAUUUGACAUUGGUGAGGAGAUUGCGAAAACAGUCACGAAUAUGAAUCCUCGGCCCGUAAAACUAAAAUUUGAGAAAGUCUACCUACCAUGCGUCCUCCUAGCAAAGAAACGAUAUGUCGGAUUCAAGUACGAAAGUAGAAAUCAAACGAACCCCGACUUUGAUGCCAAGGGUAUCGAAACAGUCCGAAGAGAUGGCACUCCAGCUGAGCAGAAGAUCGAAGAGAAGGCGCUCAAAACUCUUUUCCGCACGUCUGAUUUGAGUCAGGUAAAGCUUUACUUUCAGCAGGAGUGUGAGAAGAUCAUGAAGGGCUCAGUCUCUGUCCAAGAUUUCUGUUUUGCGAAAGAAGUCAAGCUUGGAACGUAUAGCGACAAAGGUCCUCCACCUCCCGGAGCCCUCAUAAGCACCAAGCGCAUGCUAGAAGAUGCUCGAGCAGAGCCACAGUAUGGAGAGCGUGUGCCGUAUGUUGUCGUCACCGGAGCUCCUGGGGCACGCCUGAUUGAUCGUUGCGUUGCUCCCGAAAAACUCCUAGAGAACGAGCACAGUGAACUUGAUGCUGAAUAUUACAUUUCGAAAAACCUCAUCCCCCCUCUUGAGCGAAUAUUCAACCUUGUCGGAGCAAAUGUACGCAGCUGGUAUGAUGAGAUGCCUAAAGUCCAGCGAGUCCGUCGAAUUGACGCCAGUCUUCAGCUUCAAGGGCUCUCAAAGGAGUUGACAAUCAAUAGAAAGACUCUUGAAUCUUACAUGAAGCCAUCGUCAUGUCUAGUCUGCAAGGAGAAACUGGAAGUCGAGGGAUCAAUUUGUCCAAUGUGCUUAGCAGACGAGCCGACCGCGUUAUUGAAGUUACGAAGCAGAUUAGAUAGUGCCGAGAGGAGAUUCAUGGAUCUUCAGAAGAUAUGCCAAGGCUGCUCAGGUAUCUCCCCUUUGGAUGAGGUGCGGUGCGACAGCAAGGACUGCCCCGUCUUCUACACCAGGACAAGGCAGAAAGCAAGGCUGAAGACAGAACGGUCCAUAGUGGAGCCUCUCAUGAAAGAGCUGGCAGGUUUGAUGGUACGUAUGGAAGAUCUAGAAUGGUGAGGAUGAGAGGACAACAUUUAAUAGCCUCGGAAUUGGAGUUGGUCUCUCCGUUCAGAAUUGUGUCUACUUUUGCAAAGCGAUGGAGAUGCAUGAAAAGGUUCUCUAGGAACGGGCGAUGCACGAACGAGGUUGCGUGACCGCUUUGCUUGAUGAUAACUACUGCAGGCUAUGAAAUCGAGGCCUGCUCAAGGAGUCAAACAUGUAGAAGAAUGAGAGCAGGCACAGGCAACCACCUACAACCAACAAUGGUCUGCCUUGAGAACAUGCCUAGGUAUAAUAAUGAUAAGGAUGCAUAGUGACCAGCGAUUAUGUGACCUUGACAUGAAGCAUAAAGUGGCCAAGAAACCAAGGACACUAGCUGGUUGACAAAUCUAUUUUCUAUUUAUUCA